AUGCUUUCUUUUGUUGUGCUGAGUUUAAUUGGAUGGACGGUGCGCGGACAGGUCACGAAUGGUGUCAUCGAACAGCCAUUUGUCAGGUAGGGAGGGCAUUUUUUGAUUAUUAGAGGACGUUUUAUAUAAUACUUGGAGUAAAACUUGAAUUUUUCUGAGGUUUUAAGCCUUUUAAUCACAAAUCUUAAAUCUUGACAAUUCAAGUCCUAUUUUUGCUUCCUAAUCCUUUAUUAGGCACUCUACUAACCUUAAAACUAAUUUUGUUGGCCUUCAAGGAGCUUUUGUGCUAUUUUUGAAGUAAAAUUUUUUUUGGGUUUAUAGUCAUCCUAAUAACAAACAUGGUAUGUUGGCUACAUUUUUAUCCCCUAUGCCCUAAUAUGGCCUUCUGAUACUUUAAAAAUCACGUGCAUAUCUUCGACUUUAUUCCUCCAACCCAUAAUUUUACCCUCCUCUCCCUCUAGUCUAAUUUAUUCUCCAAGGAAUCCCCUCGAAAACCGCAUUUCUCUCCUCCUCCCUCCCCAUUUUCUCAUCUUUUUUCCCGAACCGAUCGACGAAUGCGGGUGGUCCGCGAAUUCCGCGCCCUUUUCGCGGAGAGGGCGUGCUGGAAGGGGAGGGCGCCCGACGACCAGAGCGCUCGUUUUCUCUCGGUCUUUUGGGCGGGAAAAUGCGGAAAAAUGGCGGGCGAUGCGGGUGGCCCGCGGAAUUCGCCGCAGGUUUGGUUUUUUUCACCGCUGUCGCAAGAAUUGGCGGAAAAAGCGAGAGGAAUCGGGGAGAGAGCGGGGGAAAGGAACGAAUUGAGAGUGCGAAUGGGCUCGAAUACCGUUGGAAAAGGGGGGAAUAGGGGGAAAUGGGUGUUCCAGAGGGUUUGUAAUGGGAAAAUAAAGAAAUAUUGCAAUAACGCGGUAAAACAUAUAACGAGGAAGGCGAAGAAAUAAGAACGGAUUUUUUAAAGAGAGUCUUUGAUAUAUGGAGUAGGAUAGAUAGGGAAAACUUACUGUAAAAAUAUUUUUUCCUCCCAAAAUAUCCCAAGAUCACAUUUUUUAUUUUCGAAAAAAAUACACAGUUUGGCCGCAAUCUUCCCAAAAAUCCAGGAAGCAUUCCCAUUUUUCUCAAACGCCAUUUUAACCGAUAAUUUAUGCGAAAUUAAAAAGUUUUGCAUAAAUAAUGACUGAAAAGGCAACAAAGUUCAUAUCCCCGCCCGAAACGUCCCCAAAAUAAUGUUGCAAAGGAAUUAGCCAACUGUGUCUCCAUUUAUUCCCUACAUGAAUUCUGAUAUUGCCAUCCUCAACUUCCUUGAUUAAUAAACGCGGAAUUAAACGAUGACAUAAGCGUCGGAUUGCAUUCGCAAAACUCGGCUUCCAAAACACGGGCCAUACGAGCCGGGACAUGUCUGGCGGUGCGGUGAAAUAGAUUCGUAAUCAAAAUCGGGGGGACAGAAUGACAAGUGCAUGGGCUCUAGGCGAUUAAAAUUUUUGGCUCCACUGCAAUAUUGGCAUUACUGUGAUGGAAAAUUUAUGGAGUAGUCUGGGGAUAAAAUGUCUGACAGUAGGGGAAAUAACUUGCACUCGUACAGGAAAACACAUUUACAUUGCAAAAUGGAUAUUAAAAUUGCAAAAUCGGCAAGGCAGUAGAGUCCUUGCUGAUUUUGAAAAAUGGGUGCAAAUUUUAUUUUCGGACUAAUGAAAGUGCUGAGAAUUCUUAGUAAACAGUUGUAGGGCUUUCCCAGAUUUUUCGCAAAAUUUUAAGGGCAUAGAACAGAAUGCCAAAAAUGGCGGAAAUUUGAAAAUUUUAACGAAAUUUUCCGCUCUGCAGAUAAGAAACAACCAGACAGGUUGCAGAACGUAUUUUAAAAACAGUUUUGCUUUAACAUACGACAAUCCAAAACAAACAAUUCCCAUUUUGUCAAAGACUUUCUAAAAAAACGUAAGCAAAAAACAAGUGUAAUAUCCGUCUGCCAAGAAAACCAAUUCCUCUCAUCCGCUUUGCGUCAAGGAGGAAGUUUAAGGCCGCUGGCAAGUAAAAAUAUGUUUAUUUGGGCAUCUGUGUGAGAAUACCGCAUGCCAUAUCCUUCCUUUCCGCUCAAGGAAAAAUAGUAUAAACCUGCCAAAAAAAGGGACAAAACAUCACUCCCAAUUCCUUAAAACGCUCAAAAAUAAGUUUUAUUUUUAACCCCAUGACGUCAUUUCUUGUUAAUAAAUCCGGUCAAAAGUCGGAAAAAACAUUUUUCUUUAUAUUAUAAUAGGACAUUCGGAAUGUAUGGUAUGAAAAGAGGACAAACCCUAGCAUAAUGCCCAAAUCAAUGGGUAUUAUACAUGCUAAUUCCAAAUGACCCCCGCACGUACGACGUGACAUAACGUAUUUGCGGGACAACAAAGUGAAUUACUUCAGGAAAACAUUUUUUCUUCCAUUUUAAUUGUCAGAGAGAGGAAUCGCGAAAUGUGUGGAAUAAUUACGUCCCCUAUGGGUGAUUACGUAUUUUUCUAGCGCUAUAGGCAGAACAUUUCCUGUUAUAGUGGAAUUAUUAAAUAAUUUGAAAGGAUUGGGUAGACAAAUAACCCAUUCAGGAUUUAGGCGAGUUAGUGUCAUGGAUAAUAUUAAUAAUGUCUGAAAUAUUGAUCUUUACAUAACACAGGCGGAGAGAACGAUUUUAGGCAGUACUUUGGAUAUUUUUAGGCCGCUUUAUCGCAGAAACGUCAAAAGAUACGAGACUUUCAGAUCCAAAACUUUCAAAACCAAAGUUUUCCCAUCAAUAAGCCCGAUUAGCGUCUAAAAGCCCCGGAAAUUCGCUGGAAAAUGCCCGUUCUGUAAACCUACAACAUAUCUCAUUAAAAAUAAGCAGUGCCUCCGUCAUAAUCACAGAGAGUAAUAUGAAGAUUUGUCUAAAAAAUCCCUUUCUCAUCAUAAUCACAUGUCCGCAGGCCGAAAACUAUAAAAUGCGCAUAUCCCACCAAUCUCAUGUCCAAUCUCUGUUGCUUUAUAUGCGUUUGAUAUACAACCAUAAUCACGUCGAAAGUAAACAUUCGAGUUUUAAUUAAAACGUUUCCUUCCGAGAACUUGACCAAAAUCCUCGGCGAGAUCUCGUCGCUUCCGGGAUAUUUCAUACAGUACGGAUUAGAGGGGGGUAAUAAUAAUCAAGUAGUCUAGCUAAGAAAAUUCAUAGUUUUUUUUGGAUGAUAAACCAACCAUAAGUACUUCAAAACUCUCAAAUAUGUAAUGUACUUUAUCUACAGAAUUUUAACCAUCCAGAAAUUAAGACAAGCCGCGUUUUGACAAGAGACAAGUCUGAAGUUGGUCUUAAGCCCACUAAAUCCCGGUGGAUAUCGGAAGUAAAACAAAAAAAAAAGUAGCGCAAAAAUCAUCCUUUGGGAACGAGCCGGCACCAAUUAAUAAUUUCUAGAAGGUACAAUUAAGGAGUAAAUAAUAGGGUAAUUGUGAAAAUUGAGGGAAAAAAGCCUUACAUCACGAAGAAAGAGCGGCUUACAUCAGAGUUCAGUUGUUGAGUUAAUGUUUCAAAGAGUCCACUGCCGACGUUGAAAUUACUGUUGAAUGACAGCUUAAAUUUCAAAGAGGCAUAACGAAAGACAAAUUUUUGAAUUCUGAACUUUUAGAGACCAAGCUUGUUUAUAAAUAAUCCAGAAGUGGCCAAGUACAAUUUUGGACAAGUGAACACACCUACACACGGCAUCAUUUCCCUUGAAAACUUCCUCAUAUACUCUGCAAAUCGCAUAGAGGGAAAUUAAAAGAACUUCAUACAGUAUCAGUGGCUGGAAACAGCUGUUUUUAGCAUGAAAAAAUACAGACGAUUUAGCAGGUAAUUAACGAGAACACUAGACGUAAAUUGGCUGGUUCACAAUGAUUUUACUGCAAUGAAAAAAGCCAGACGGGACACUUAAAAAAUCAAAGGGCCAUUCGGAGCACCAUCAAGUUCAUCUGUACAUUUCCUUAUCACCGAAAGAACCGCAUGACCCUUGCCAAGUCUUUUCGGCACUACAUUUUGGCGGGGAAUUAUAUUAAAAAAUGGGGUGAGGAACAAACCGAAACAUUAGCACGUCCCUCAGUGUUCUGGAUUCCCGUCAAGGACAGCCGGAUGUCCUCGCUUCUCCCGCAUUUCUCUACUCAUGUCCUUCCGAAUUCUCCUUUCGAGCGUUAUAAUAAUAACAGGCGGCUUGGUGAAAAAUGAGCGGUCGAUAAAUGUAAAACAAGACAGUUAGCGUCACAAGUUUGAAAGGCGAGAGGAAACCUUAGCGUAAGAUUUUGGUUGACAAUUACUUCAACUCCAAGCGUUUUCUACAAAACCUUGCCAGCCGUUAUGAUGUUUUAACAUAUUCUGUCGGUUUAUAUGGCGAUAAUAUUAGCCGCUGAAAGCGCGGAGAAUAAAGAAGUUUUAGGGAAAAGUUUUGAUAACCGGAAAAGUCGUGAGAAUGGAGAGGGUUUUGUUAUAUCAUGUUGGUGUUGAAUAGGCGGAAAUUAGCGAUUCUGCAGGUUUCGCGAAAUGACUUUAGGUCGAAGGAGUUUCCCGAAGAGCUGUGAGGGUUAAUGGAAAACAGAUAAAUGGCCAAUGAAAUGAUAUUUUGUAGGGAUCAAAGACCUGCUGCACGCGAGAUCAAAAAAAUCCCAAGUGUGGGGGCAAAAGAUGGGCACGUAAGUGGGAAAUCAAAGAAUUGAGCUCAAAUUUCGGUAAACAGUUCAGAAAACAAAUAUUAUAGACCUCGGUUACUGCCAUUCCAAGAUCUAGUCAUUGGUCCCGUUUAUAAUAAAUUAAUCCUCCAAUUCAAUUAUAGCUUUAGGCUGAAAGCAUUUUUAAUCCACUUUUUCAGUGGAAACAUUUUUAAUGAGAUUUUGCUUACAUGACCAUGUCAACAAAUAAAGCUCGGGACGAGUAAAUAGCAAAACAAAAGACUAACAUUUAAUCGACCGUGAAUUAUUGAAAAUAUUGCUUAGGCUACACCAUAAUGGCGAAUUAGCAGAGCAGAUACUCUUUAAAGCAAGGACAAAUCCUCGUCCUUGACGUGGAAUGUUUUACUUGGGAAGGGCCUGAAUAAUUUAAAUUUCCUUGGGACAUGGAUGUUUAGUUCCCAAAUGUUCCAAAUUUAAUGCAUUAUUUGCGAACGUGAUAAAAAACAGCCGGCUAAAGAUAUCAAUUCGUGUAAAAGUACCUCUCAUAAACAUGGGGGGAGUUAUGCUUGCUCUGCCCGAGGGCAUUUUAAACUUUAAGUGGAAUGUAGUCUACAAAAAAUGUAUCAAUCUACAACGAAUGACAGUAAAGUUGUAGCCGACAAAAACAAAAAUAGUAUAAGAAUAUUGUAAUAGGUUAUAGUGAGAAGCUUUUCUGACAUUUUCAAACGUUAUAUAGGGGCUAAAAAAUAGCGAACUUCCUUGGCAGCGAGCUCAAGUGACAAAAAUUCUUACAGGUCAAUUUCAACGGUGCGUCAAGAGAUAGCCAAAACGAAAAACAUUUUUUUGGGGAAAAACAAACAAAUUACAUGACCAAAAAUUUGUCAAGAACGGGGACGCAAAGUAGAGCUCUUAGAAUCGGCUUGAGAAACUAAUAUUUCGUAGGGCGGGCUUUGAUGCCUAAGGAGAUAAAAGAACUUCGUCAAUUUUUCGAAGAAAAUAAAUAGUGCUGUAAAGUCUGGAAAGAUAUUUUUUUGGAUAUUACAGUAAUUUCCAGAGGAGCUUUUGCUUAAAUACGGUAGUUGUAGGCCUUUUCAACUCAAUAGUUUUCAUUUUUGCCAAUUCUAACCUCACGCUUUUUUACAUUGAGGCUUUGGACGCUAGACAGCUUGAAGUGGUAGAAAAACAUAUUUACAUCCUUGCAGGAGGCAAAAACAAAUGAAAUAAAUCGUUAUGCAGACAUAAUGGGCAAAUAAAAGAGCACUUCCGGAGCUCAAGACGCUCGAACACAAUAAACUACGAUAACAUGUUUGGUGGACCAUGAUCAACGAAAAAACUUUUUCAUAUCUAACAGGGGAAGUACUUCAAGUGUGACGCUCAGAUUUUCUUUAAAUUUUGCACACACAUCGGGUAUGGACUAAAUAUCAAUUCCUGAAAGUUUUAGCUCGCGCUUUGCGGGCGCCGCCGAGAUAUUGAACGAUUUUUGCCGCCGAGAGAGCACGCUCAACGUGGAGAGCGGUCAGAGAGAAAACCGCUUUUUGGCCAUAACUUUGGCAGUUUCGUGCGGAAAAAUUUGAUUUUUUGUAGAAACAUUAUUCUUUACGGUUGAAAUAGGCAUGAAACUUUUCGUGCCGAAAUUCGGCAAAAAGUCCCAAAUUUUCGCCAACUUUCGAUCUAAAAAUCUCGGUUGUUUCUGCAAAGCGCGAGCUAGGAUUCCCGCAUAUAUCUUAGAAAAAAUUAUUCUAAAUUUGUGCAAAGUUUCAUCAAAAUCUGAGCGUCACACUUCAAGUACUUCCCUUGUAAGUAUAUAAUCUGUAUGGAUGGAGAUUCCGUACAAAAGUGGGUGCAAAUCCAUCUUGUAAAAGUGCAUUCUACUAUAUUUUACGUAGGAAGCCAUAGAAAAGCAAGGCUGCAAAAGUUCGAAAAAAUAGACCUCUAUGUACUCUUUAAAGUGCUCCGUAAAGCCUUAUAUUUGUAGCUUAACCAUGAUCCGAUACCACUUUGAAAAGGAUUAUAACAAAUUUAGCAAACACCACAUGAUACAGUGUUUACUGCCUUGGGAAGAUAUUGAGUAUGAAUCUACUUUCAUAACUGCCAAAAAGUUUGUAGAGCUUGUAAAUUUGAAGGUGAAAAAUUGAGUGGGCUAAAAUUAUUUUGUAGUGGGAAAGAGUAAUGAUGCAAACCCUGGGGAUCGAAGACCCUCAACUGUCUGGUAUAUUCAGCAGAGCUUUCCAGAAUAAUGUGGAUGAUUGCCCUCCGAGAAUAAGGUCGUAAUUGCUGUGGAUCGCUAAUAUCUAUACAAAAUUUAAAAUUCGUCAUCGAAAACAGGAUUUUCUACGGUAGAGUCUAGAGAGAUCUUCGCAGAGUACAGGGACAUAUACUUCUUAUCGUUUUUUAGCUUUAUGCGCUUUGCAGAAGAUUUAGAAAACAAAAACCAUCUUCCUUAGCUCAUUCAUUCAAGAAGAGAUCCCAAAAGAAACCGCCUUGUCAAACGCAAAACCGUAGACCAAAUUUAAAGCCCUGCACCACAAUCCCUCGCCAUAGCCCCACAUUUUAAUACACCAGAAGCCAGGAAGGCCGUCUGGAGUUAUUGAAGAAAACCUUAUAACAAAAUGCGUCUAAAAAGAUAAUAGAGUGUUUCACAGCAGGCAGCUUAACUCUUUUCAAACGAGUGAAUCCCUAUCCAAUAAUCAUCGUAUUUCCCGCGAAACAAUCGAAUUGCAAGGGUAGAAUGUCACAUGGGCAGUAAUAAUUUUACCAUUGUGACAACAGGAAGGCUUGAUUGUGGUAUUGUGAGUCAGAAACCCCUAUUUCAUAUGUAAUUACAAAAAGAUGACCAAGGGACAAAGUAUACUAGGAAACCUCAGAAUACGGUUAUUUUUUAUGCAGUUUGAUUUUUGAUUCUUGGGCGAGGAGGUGUAACGGUUGAGCGCGGGGAAAAAUUGCUUUACUGUAGACGGAAUUUGUUGUGAAUAGCGGCGUUUUAGAAGAAAAUAAAAUUGAAAGUCCACAAUCUGUGUACCCUACGGAUUUAUCGGCAUCUUUGGUCGGUUUCAGCCGACAAAACGUUAGAAAAAGAUCGAAUUUUUUUCAGCGUCUUUGUCGAUUAGAUCCUCAAUUUAACUCUGAUCAUACGAUGACCCUAUAACCUUCAAUUUCACAUAGGAAGAACAAAUUUUUUCCCUUUCGAUCCACAACAUACCCAUCCCAAAAUCAGAAGCCAAAAACCGCAAAAAAAUAACGUUUUUUCUGUGAAAACGACUUCCGUCCCAAAAAGCAACACAAUCAGCAUUUCUUUUAACAUUUUUUCAGUUAUUAGGUUACCGUAGCUCUCCUUUAUGUUACUUUUUUUGAGAUAAGAGAAUUAGAAGUCCUUAAGGUCUUCGGCAGCCACAUCUUAAUCGGCUUUCGAUUAACUUAACAGCGUGUUGGCAGACAAGAUUGCAGAGUUUCACUGUAAAGAACAUAAAGAUCUUCACGGCAUGGUCAGUAUGUAAGUGGGGGGGGAGAAAAAUGUUUAAAUAAUUCAACGAGAUGUUUAUUUUGAAAUUCGACGACAUGCUUAUUUUGACGUUUUUGUCUUCUUAAUCAUGUCUAAAUGCGUAAUUGGAUAAUUAGAUCUAAAAUUUGUUUUCUGUAUGUAACAAACAUUCGAAUGGCACUUGUUUUUGUAUGAGGCUCCGAAACGAUCCGCUAAUUAGAUUAGACUUUGAAUAGGCGGUAAUAUGAAGCGUAUUUUUAUGGGUGUCACAGGAAAAAAUUAUAUUUUCAUAAACACAAUGAAGUCAAGGGAAUAAAAAAAUAUUCAUGAAGUAUACGUUUAUACAGGAUAAAUUAUGAAAGGCGAAUGGAUCCUUCGACUUUCAGAUUUUUUCGCUACGAAAAACAUUCACAUAUCUUAGAAGGCCUGCUUCUAAAUUUGUGCCAACCUUUAUCACAGACGGGGCGUCAAAAAUGUCCUCUUAACCUAUUAUCUAUCCUUCAUCCCCGAGCUACUUCCGUAUUUACUCGACAAGUACAACAAAAACGCAUUCGGAAUCCAAACGAGCGGGCCGUUGACUCCGAGCAACGCGAAUAACAAGGCCGGGAUUUCGGGUUGAAAGCAUCUACAAGGCGUGAAAUGCGUCCGGUCAUUAAUCCCGAGGACGUGGUUUUUUGUUAUAUAUGUGUGUAUAGGUCAACAGUCUGCGAAAACAGACGCGGUAAAUGAGAGGGAUCAAGUGUGGCUUUUCGCAAAGUAUAAGGACACAUUGACGGGAAAUUACGGUAUUUUCUUUGGUUGGGGAAAACAAGCCAAAAGUUCAAGUCCCGCAGAAAGUGCAAUGCUUUUUUGAAUUUUACAGAGCCGCCUCAUUUCGUAUGGAAUUUUUGAACAGUUCUUACAAGAGAAUCUACGAACAGCUUGAUAUGUUACACAUUUUUUGUAGGGCUAAAUAAAGCCCUACAAAAAAUAAGUAACUAUGACGUCACCGCAUAAAAAUUUCUUGAUAAUUUUCUUCCUAACCUACCGUAUAGCCUCAAACAUCUCGAAAACCCCUUAAGAUUUUCUGAAAUAAUGAGAAAAACUAAGUAAUCUUCCGCCUACAAGCCGACUACUUACCCUCAAAAAAUUUCAUAAGUAAUAAACAUUCUCCCGCUUGCUAUUUACACAUGUCAUUACAUUCCCAGAAUUCCAAAUGAGUAUGUAAAAAGAGCGAAUUUUAUUAACAUCAAUUUACACUCAACACUAUUCAUAAUCGGAUUUAAUCCUGCAGAACUGUGUCUAAAAUUGUAACUAAUCCCUGCUAUAUUUUUUGGAAACUAACAGUCACAAUUUAAAAGGAGUAAGGUCUCAGAGAAUGGACGAAAAGUCAGUUUCUAUUAGACUUGGAUUCGAGGAUGGGGGACAUUAGAAAGAAUUAGAAACGUGGACCGAAAAAAGGGGCGUUGUGACGUGAGUGAGAAAAAAGGGGAAUAAUUGAAAGGAGUUAUAAAGAAACUCUUUUGGGCGGUUUCUCGAUUAUGAAUAGGAAUCCAACAAAAUGAUUCCAAAACUUUUCUUCGAGAUUGUAAAUAUAAUAAUAGACACAAAACAGAGCACAUUUAUAAAUCGAGAAGCCUCACUAGGUACAGUGGCGGACCUGAUCCAGUGGCAAAAUACGUACCAUUUUGCAUCCUGGAAGCAACAAAAAAUGUAGCAAAAUACCUCCUUCCAAGUGAAAAGACUCCAAUUUCAAAAGCGCGCCCUCUCCUUUUGUGAGGGAAAGGGCGCGCAUUUCAAAACGGAGUUUUUACAGUUGGAUAGGGAGGUAUUUUGCCACAUUUUUGAUGCUUCCCGGAAGCAAAAUGGUACGUCUUUUGCCACUGGAUCGGGUGCGUCACUAUAGUGUCAGUUUGUAAAGUUGCUGGAAUGAUUUUAGCGACAUGCACUAAGAGAUAAGUUCUAUAGUACCCAAAUAUACUUUUUUAUCGCUCACAAGGGAAGUCACUUAAGUCACGGAUCGAUUUUUAAAAACGAUGGUUACAGCGAUGGGGAGGGUGGGACAGAGAUAUCAAAUCUGAAAACCGCUACCUCCACCGGCCUCUGGGAGCCGAGAUAAUCGACCAAAAAAGUUUGACCAAAAAAAGUUGCUCCGAAAAGCUCUUCUUUUCGAAAGAAGGAGGGAAGAGAACCGAAUGGUCCGGUGGUCUGGAAGCGCGCUUCCGGGCUUUGACCUUUUCAGGUUCGAAUCCGCAUGGGUCAAAUAAUUUAUUAAACUUUUCCUGUAAUCCAGUAAAUUUACCAGUAAAAUAAAAUUUUUGAUUUUUUGCAGACUUUACGAUAAAAUUUCAGUGUAAUAAUUUGAAUGUGAGUUCCAAACGAUUUGAAUUUUCAAGGUUGAAAAUUUAGCGUAAAAUAGGCAUAAAAUUUAAAAAUAAAUUGCUAGUAAAUUUAUUGGAUCACAGCAAUUGUUUUAUAAAUUUUUCACAAGUUCGUGACCCGCGCGGAUUCGAACCUGAAAAGGUGAAGGCCCGGAAGCGCGCUUCCAGACCACCGGACCAUUCGGUUCGCUGGGUUCCCUUCUUUCGGAAGGAAGAAAAGUUCGAAGGAAUUUGGUGAAACUUUUUCGUCGAUUAUCUCGGCUCCCAGAGGCCGGUGGAGGUAGCGGUUUUCAGAUUUGAUAUCUCCGUCCUACCCUCCCCAUCGCUGUAACAGUCAUUUUACAAAAUCGAUCCGUGAUUUAAGUGACUUCCCUUGUCAGUUAGUAGUCCGAAAAUCAAAAAAAAAGCCAACAGAAUAUUCGCAGUAUGCAACAUUUUUUAACAAGCCAGUUUUUGAACCAAACUCUCAAGUCUCCAACAGCGACCUAAUAUGCCUUCCUUAUCCAAUAAAUGAGACAAUAUGGGACAAACAUCUCUCGUAUUUUUUCUUGUUUCUGUCUACGCCAAAUUGCGAAUGAAUAAUUAACCAACAAAAAGAGUGAAGAAGCAGAACAAUAAAUUCCUCGAAAUGGUCGCGCAUUUAAUUCAAUGGGACAGAAUCAUGCGAACAGGCCCUUUGGGUGACAAAUAGAUUGUGCCGCAGGGCCCGGCAAAACUGAUGUUCGAGCAGGGGCUUGUCCUUAGGACGCACUUCAUGUUUGAUUUGUCCCAAACAAGUAAAAUUAGCAAGCACUUUAGAGCAAAGCUCAGCCACUUUGAAGAGUUAUAGUUGCUCAAUUACUCCAAAAAAAUGAUUAAAAAACAACUCGAAAUUUUAAUCAUCUAAUAAAUAUGAUUUCAGUUGCGCGCCCGACGCAAUCUACGCCAAAUGGAAGACAGAGCAGACAUUUACCGGCCGGGUGAACGUCCGAUUCGCCCCGAAUCGCUACUGCUAUCAAGUUCUGGUCACCAACAAUCAAGUCGAGCUCCUAAUCCCUCACUUGGACUGUCGGAUCAGUCGGAUACGCAGUUCAAAGCCCGAGGGCAUUCUGCUCGAAGCCACCGUGCUGCUCUCUUUCCAUCCCGAGUUUGUAACCGAAGCCGAUCGGCUCUUCGUUUUGCGCUGUUUACAUACUCGAAACGGUUCGGAAAUGGGGACGGGAGUACCGCAGCCGCUGACCAUGUCAACGCCUAUUACAACGAUAGACGAGCAAGACAAUUCGGUGGAAAAAGUGGCACUGACUUGCUCGUAUGUUGUGAAAAACGACAGAUCCGGAGAGAUGAUUCGAACUGUGAGAAUUGGAACGCCAGUCAGACAUGAAUGGGAAUGCGAGGGAGCGAGGCCCAAUCAAUGUCUAGUCGUGACCAGUUGCUUCAUAAAAACGACCGAUUCACAACACGAAUUGGUCGAUCAAUAUGGGUGCAGUAAGGAUGAAAGCCUCAUCAGUCCAUUGGAGUAUCAGGGAAAGGUAAGUAUACGAACUGAGAGGCCCACUUUGAAGCCUGACGUGUUUAUACAGCGGGGGACCUGAUCCAGUGGCAAAAAACGUAGCCUUAUGCAUCCAGGAAGUAUCAAAAAAUGUGGCAAAAUACCUCCUUCUCCAAAUGAAAAAACUCAGAUUUCAAAAUCGCGCCCGAAUUUUUUGUGAGGAAAAAGGGCGCGUCUUUCAAAACGAAGUUUUUUCACUUGGAGGGGGAAGCAUUUUGCCACCUUUUUGGUACUUCCCGGAUGCAAAAUGGUACGUUUUUUGCGAUUGGAUCAGGUCCCCCACUGUACAACAGCUCAAGAAAAACAAGCAGUUUACGAGCUUUCCUAUAAAAGCUUCACGUAAACACGGUCCGAGGGAGGGUCCUGUGGCAAACAAGGCAUCCGAAUGCAUCUACAAUGCGUUAAAUUCAUCUCCAGAGAAAGAGAAUGAUGCUUUUGUUUCAUCAUAGAUGCAUUUGGAUGCAUUUUUCCAAAUGACCCAGUCUCGGACUGUAAAUCACCUUUCAAGGCUAAAUUGUUGGGACAGUGAGGGACCUGAUCCAAUGGCAAAAAAAGUACCAUUUUGCAUCCACGAAGUAUCAAAAAAUGUAGCAAAACACCUCCCUCUCCAAGUGAAAAAACUCCGAUUUAAAAAGCCCGCCCUUCAAAACGGAGCUUUUUAGUUGGAGAAGGAGGCAUUUUGCUACAUUUUUUCAUACUUCCGGGAUGCAAAAUGGUACGUUUUUUGCCACUGGAUCAAGUCCCUCACUGUAUCUCCUUCCAAUCAAUAACCAAAAUUCACCUCAGCGGCAUCAACAAGACCUCGCUGACCUUAGUAACUCUAAUCCUUCUCCACUUUUAGACUCGAGUUCUUCAACGAUCGAGGAUCUUUGGAGUAGCGGAUAAACCAUUCAUCUACUAUCAAUGUGAGAUGAAUCUGGUCGACAUUCAUCCAAACGAGACGUGUCCACGCCCCAAAUGCUCUGGGCACAACCGACCAUCGUAAGUUUUACAACCAGCUUUGCUGCUUUAACACAUAUUUUUUAAUAUUGCACUUGACAUCAAACCAAUUUUUGAAAAAACAAUCUGUUUUCAAUCUUGCCCAAAGUCAUUUCGCAAUGAAAAUGACUGUAAACUACAUCUAAUGCCACAUUCUUUUUUAGUCGCUCGCCAUUCUCCUCAUUCUUCGACGCCGUCAGCCAGCAAAUCGAAGUUUUGCCGUUGGGCGUUCCAGAACGAUGGCCAGAAGAAAAAUGUCCGCAAACACUGAACCUGUCGGUGACAGAGUACAAUGAGCCCUAUCCGUUGCAACAGGAUGGUCAUUUUUGCAUGGCCGUCCCGCUCUUUUUCGUUAGCGGUGUGGUGUUGAGUUUGGUAAGUGGGGUGGAAUUCGUCAUGUAUAAUAUAAUUGAUGGCAGGGAAUAUAAGACUGAUUUGUAUCGCUUUCAUUGAUUUAAAAGAGUGACGAAAUGUCGCGAAAUUAUCGGCAAUUUUUCUCACCCGAAAUAGUUGCUUUUUCACGAAAAGAAAGAAGAAAGAUAAGAAAAUGCUUUUUAUCGGAUAGUGACAUUUCGUUUUGAACGAAUCGCCAAAAAGGGGCGGGAAUUUUUUUCUUCUAUUUGGAUUGACAUGCUACAUCGCUAUUCGGCUAUAUCAGUCAUCAGUUUUCAAAUAAAUUCAACGAUUUGUUCACCGAAUUUUAAAACUAUAUUAUCCAUGACGACCAAAACAAAAAUUAGAUAGAGCUCAUAAGACACAAAUACUUAUCAAAGCGUUCAUUCAGCCAGCAAUAGCCUGCUUAUGCUAUUCUGGCAGUUUUCACGCUCGUGUCGAACCUUUUCAAACAAACAGAAUUAGAUUUUCAUGAGAUUUUUGCCGUGAAAAUCCAAUUUUCCAUCUAAAAGCCAAACAAACCACAAUAAAUGCUUACGAUUCUUCUAUUUACAGCUCCUUCUCGUCGCCGGCAGUGCACUCGGCCUUCUGUACACGCGACGGUACGUCUAUCAUGAUGUGGCUCAAGCCUAG